CUGUCAGCUCAGGCUGUUGAGACUUGAGUGACAUGAGGUGUACUUUCAAGGGCUUUCCAACACAAGAUAAGCACCUGCCCCAUAUUUGAGAUAAGGUUUGGAAGAAGGGAAUCUUUUUUUCAUAGGUAGAUUGCUGGGAACUGCAUUUUGACUUUCAGGAUGUGUUCCUUUCCUUCCCCCCCGUAGUCCUGUAGUUCGAGAAUGUUAGUUUUUUCUUUUUUUCCUUUUUUUUUUUUUUUUGUAAAGCCUCAGUGUAAACUUACAUGCAUAUGUAGCCUGGAGCGCACAGAGGAGUGAAGGCUGAUACAGAGGAGGAUGUGGAAGAGCAUCUGCAAGAGCAAAGCUUGUCAGCAAAGAUGCCUCCAAAUGGGAAGGCCUUACAUUUUCACCCAUCAGUUCUGCAUUUUGGAAUGCAGUUACUGGGGUUACCCAGAGCUAAAAUACUGCAUGUCUACAACCCUAGUAGAGAUAGAGAUGUUGUAGUCAAUUCAGUGUUUACAGCUACUAGACAGUUUCAUGUGUCUCCUGCUUGUGGCCAGGUGAUUCCAGCAAUGGGAAAGAUGGGUUUCAGAGUACUCUUCCUGCCCACAGAAGAAGGCAGUAUUGAAAGCUCAUUAUUUAUAAAUACCUCAUCUCAUGGAGUGCUUUCAUAUCAGGUUUUUGGAACAGGAACUCUGAUGUCUUCUCCAGAAGAAUCUAAAGUGCAGCUGGCAGAUGCCUACUUACUGCUUCCACACAUUCAGAACAUCCAGACAUCACACACACUGACAAAAACUAUGAAUGCUACUGUAUUACAGGUUCGUCUUGAAUGCUGUUUACCUAAUGACACGCAUCAGAUAGUUAAGAGUUGCUGUUUUAUGUCUGAUGACCCAAUGCUGCUAGAAAUGAGCUUAACAGUAAGAGUGGAAAAUGCCCAGCAAGAUUUUGUGGAGCACAGACAAUACUUACUGGAGAAUCUUUUUAUGGUUUAUGUAGUAAUGGAAAGAACAAAGGCCUCAGGUCAUUCAUCAGUAGAUGUGUAUAUCAUGCAUUCUGGAAACAGCCUUGUGCAUAUACAGGAAAUACAGCAGUUGUCACAAAAAGACACAUCAGCUGUGGAGUUUGAGCCAGUACUGCUAUCCUCAUCAUCUACUAACUUCACAAAAGUUGCUUCUAUUUCUUGUAAAGCUGCAUCCUGUGACAGUGAAAGUCUUUAUUCAGACAAGAGGAAGAACAGUCUUUUGAAAGGCAUGAAAACACUCAAAGCCUGUCUUUUUUGUCCUGUGAUGGAAGGUUAUUUUGAUGUAGAUCCUUCUGCAACAUUGUUUCAUAUAGAACCACAUCAUAAUACUUCAGGGUAUUGGUCCGUAUGGUUUACAAACAAUUUUUACUUCAGCAUUGAAUUGAAUGAAGUCUUUGUAGCCAGAGAAACAAAGAACAUAGUGAAGAUCCUGAACUUUGCUGAACCCUUGACUCUACCUCCUGGCUGCUGGAAUGUAUUUUCUUUGAAACUCAGUGUGAAAGACACUGCAACGAAUGUGCUCUCCAGUAUUUGGUUGUACACAAAUGUGGGAGUGAUGUUUGAAAUACCUCUGCAGAUAUAUUCGAGUGUGUCCAAGCAGGGAGAUCUUAAUUUUGAAGCAGUUGCCCACUGUGAUAUUCAGUGCUACUUGGGACAGUCUGAUUCAGCAAAUCUGCUUUGGCAGAAGAGUCUCUCGCUGGACCAUUCUGCCUGGGAUGUGGAUUCCGAGCUUGCAAGUGACCUGUAUGAAAGAUGGCAAAAAAUAAGACAUGGGGAAGCAUGCAGGAGAAGUAUUUUAGCACUGGCUCGCUUUACUCAGCAGAAGAAUUCUGAAGAGGAAUCAUUUGCCUUUUUCUUGCCACGGUUGACUACAGAGCCUGGCCUUGCACUCAAUUUUAGUGCCACAGCUGUUAAAAGUAGUAUGGUAAGAUAUUUCGUACUAAGAAACCCUUCAUCCUUCCCAGUUAUGUUGCAGCUUCUGCCUCUUUCUUAUUACCCUGAUCCCCAAGCUUCACUGAGUCUGCUGAACAAAUGGUUUGGCAUAAAUGUGCAAGCUAUUAAUUUCACAACCACUGAAUUCAGGCUAAUGGAUGAAUGUUCUCACAGGCAGAAUGCACAUCAAGAGGACCUCAUCAGCAAGAAAUGCAGUUCUGAGAUGCUUUGGUUAAGUUUACAGCCCCUGGAAACUAGAAAAGUUGGUGUAAUUUUUACACCUCUUGACUACAAAAGAGUUUCUUCUCUUAUUUUAAUCAGAAACAACCUAACCAUCCUGGAUGCAGUCAAUGUAGAAGGCUUUGGAGCCAAAGAAUUGCUGAAAGUAGGGGGAAGACUUCCUGGUGCAGGAGGAUCCCUUCGAUUUAAGGUGCCAGAAGCUACAUUAAUGGACUGCAGACGACAACUUAAAGACAGCAAGAAAAUUCUAUCCAUUACGAAGAACUUCAAAGUAGAGAAUAUUGGGCCUCUUCCUAUAACAAUUUCAUCAAUGAAAAUCAAUGGUUACAGUUGCCAAGGAUAUGGAUUUGAAGUGUUAGACUGUCAGGAAUUUUUCCUGGCUCAGAAUUCAUCACGAGAAAUCAGCAUUGUAUUCACUCCUGACUUUACAUCUUCAUGGGUAAUUCGUGAGCUCACACUAGUGACUGCUGCCGAUUUGGAGUUCCACUUCACGCUCAACGUGACUCUCCCUCACCAUCUGUUACCACUGUGUGCAGAUGUGCUGCCAGGACCCAGCUGGGAAGUGUCUUUCUGGAGGCUCACUGUCCUCUUUGUAAGUUUGUCCCUGCUUGGAGUGAUUCUUAUAGCCUUCCAGCAAGCCCAGUAUAUUCUAGCAGAGUUCAUGAAAUCAAGACAGAGACCAAAUCCUAGUGCUUCACUGCAGCAGAACAGCAACUCCGUUGACAUAAUCAGCUCUGAUUCCUACAAGGGAAGCUGCAAGACAUUUAUAGAUUCCUAUAGUUCCUCAGAUAAAGGUAAAGGGAAGGGCUUCCUGUCUGUAGGCACUUCUUCCAGCCGAAGUCAGAGUGCGGCAAAGAGAAGUCCUGCGACCUACAGCCACUCUCAGAAGAAACACAAAUGUUCUGUUUACUACAGUAAGCAGAAACCAAGCACAGCAUCUGGCAGUGCCACUGUAGCUGCUGAUGAGAAACAGAAUCAGGUUGCAGAGAACCAGAUCUCAGCACCAAAGGAGGACAUUUGCACUGAUAAUGUCAGUGAGAACUGGGUAACUCUGAAAUAUGCAAAUGGCAUACAUGUUAACAGUAAUUUAACUCUUCCAGAAGACUUUGUGGGUAAGGAAGAAAGUACACUGAAAAAUGCAGUUCUCAUUAAAAAUACUUCUUCAGAAUGUGAUCUGAAGGAAAAUCUUCAAACAUGUAUGUUUCCUAAGGAAACUAACCUUAAAGCUUCAGAAAAUCUAGCUGAGCUCAAAGAACAAGAGUUCUGUUCUGUGAAGAUGUCCAAGAAGCUACCUGAAAGUCACUUGUCCAGAAAUUCACUCCAACAAAAGCCAGAACUUCAAGGAGUUUCUAGGAAAAUUUGUGGGAAUAGCCAGCAAGUGCCUCUCGGGAAUGAAACAGAAAACUGUGAGACUUUAAAAAAGCAGAUCAACUUAAAGCCUUCCACAGAGAAAAAGAUUAAUAUGGGACCUAAGGAGGAGACUCCAUGCUGUGCAAAAGAGAUUAUUUCUUCUGAGAGUCUUGGAAAGGCUGGUUUAAUUGAUGGUGCUGGAAAGAGGAUGUGCUGUGGAAAGGACAAAAAUCAUGAAGUAACUAUGCAUUUGAGUCAGCAAGAAGAUGCAUAUAGGAAGAAGAAACCUCAGGAGCAAAAGGAAGGAAAUGUGCCAAAUACGAAUUGGAAUAGAAAUAGAACAUCUAGAAAAAAUAAGAAGAAGAAUGUAAAUAUAUCUACAAGGGUCCCUGAGCAGAGUGAGUUGAAGCACAUGAGCAGUGAAUUUGAAAGGCCGGAUCUGAGAGCGAGUAUUGGAAUGAGAGCCUGGUGUGCGCAAAGUAACGGGGAAAAUUGUAAAGCAGACCAAAAAGCUGGGAGCUUGUCCAUACAGGGAGAAACAGCUUCUUUAGAGAACUUUUAUCAGCGGUCCAGAAAGAAGUGUUUGGAGAAGUUUUGUUCUGAUUCAAGCUCAGAUUGUGGAAGUUCGUCAGGAAGUGUUCGUGCAAGUCGUGGGAGCUGGGGUAGCUGGAGCAGUACCAGCAGUUCAGAUGGAGAUAAAAAGCCAAUGAUAACUACCAGGCAUUUUCUUCCAUCCAGAGAGAACGUUUCACAAAAUGAUUUUCCAUCUGAAACUCCUGUCACUCUAAAUCUGUCUCAUAACAUCUGCAAUACCAGCAGAGACAUAAACAGCAUCCCCCAGUAUCCUGAAACCUUAUGUCCCAAUUUCACUGACAUAACUGCAGAUCCUGACAAAAAUAAAGGUCUUUACCCAGCAGGAGACGUGUGGCCUGCCCAGCCAGUCUGCAUGACAAACAGUUUGAACUACAAUCUUGAGAAUAAUAUACCAUGCAUGAUCCAAGAAACCCCCUCUGUCCACAACAGCUUCAUUGACUGGAAUGCAGCUUGUGACAGCCAGUUUUCCAAUAUGUAUUGUCCACUAGAGAUGAAUGAAUAUGGUGCUUUCCCAGAAGAAAACAUGAACUACCCCAGUGGCUUCCCAGCAGCAUUGCAGAAUACAGCCUUCAUUGACCAGAACUGUCCCUCCACCUGGAAUGUUCCUCCCAAUAUGCCACCUGCCUGGGAGCCUACCAGUUAUGUCAACUCUACACCCUACCUCUCAAGCACCCGAAGCUUGUCUCCAAUGUCUGGACUUUUUGGUUCCAUCUGGGCACCUCAGAGUGAUGCUUAUGAAAGCUGUUGCCCCGUCAGUGCCACGACUCAACAUUCAACCCAUGUGGAGAACCAGGCAGUUAUGUGUAAGCAGGAAUACUAUCCGAGGUUUAACCCUUUCCGUGCCUACAUGAACUUGGACAUAUGGACUACAGCAGCCAAUCGAAAUGCAAAUUUCCCACUUUCAAGGGACUCGGGUUAUUGUGGAAACGUGUGAAAGGAAUUUGAUUUAAAAAUGUGAAUAAAGAUACUUGCAGUUUUGAUUACUAGAGUAAGCUGGUUUCUGAAUAGAUUACAAUGUUGGUGAAUAUUUUGGCACUUUUGUAUUGAAAAUAAAGCUUUUUUACUGAA